AUGUCGGAACGCUGUACAUAUAAUACAUAUGUGGCAGUCAGAACACUUUCGAGCGUUGGCUUGCAUCCCCAUAGCAAGGGCGCUGACGUCAUAAGGAACAGCUUUGUCCCACUUUGCACGGCCUGGAAUCAGUGGAGCCAUGACAACCAAAAUCAUAGUAUUACCAGAACAAAGCGUCUGCCCAGAUACUUACCCUGCAGGGUAGACAUUCGAACCGUCCAGCCUGGCAAUGUGGCUAUACACGUGAGCGCAAGCAUCGUACGAAGGGCCGGAGUGACGCUGCCAAGAGCCUUAGAACCUUCCUCCUCUCCAGUUUUAGAACCUCCCACAGGAGCUUUAGAACCCACCACUCAGAAACUUCAGAACCUUCCACAGAAAGGAGCCUUUAGAACCUCACCCACCAGGAGCUUUAGAACCCCCACCCUCCCACUCAGGAGCUUUAGAACCCCCCACCCACCCAUCCAGGAGCUUCAGAACCUCCUACACCCAGGGGCUUUAGAACCUGCCACAUCUAGGACUUUAGAACCUCCCCCACCCAGGGCCUUUAGAACCCUCCACACUCAAUCAGCUUUAGAACCUCCCCCACCCAGGCCCUUUAGAACCCUCCACACUCAAUCAGCUUUAGAACCUCCCCCACCCAGGGCCUUUAGAACCCUCCACAGUCAAUCAGCUUUAGAACCUCCCCCACCCAGGACCUUUAGAACCCUCCACACUCAAUCAGCUUUAGAACCUCCCCCACCCAGGGCCUUUAGAACCCCCCACACUCAAUCAGCUUUAGAACCUCCCCCACCCAGGGCCUUUAGAACCCCCCACACUCAAUCAGCUUUAGAACCUCCCCCACCCAGGGCCUUUAGAACCCUCCACACUCAAUCAGCUUUAGAACCUCCCCCACCCAGGGCCUUUAGAACCCUCCACACUCAAUCAGCUUUAAAACCUCCCCCACCCAGGGCCUUUAGAACCCUCCACACUCAAUCAGCUUUAGAACCUCCCCCACCCAGGGCCUUUAGAACCCUCCACACUCAAUCAGCUUUAGAACCUCCCCACCCAGGGCCUUUAGAACCCUCCACACUCAAUCAGCUUUAG